AAAAAACUACUAAAUAUGGCAUGAAGAUAUUUAAUGGUAAGUAAAACAAAUUAAAAACUUCAUUUUCUCAAAGAAUAAGGCUGUUUAAAAACUGAAAAACUGAAAAGGAGUGCAACUGAAUGACAGAAAACAGGAAAAUAAAUUAAAUACAUUAAAUUAUAGAUUGGUUUACCUGUUCCAGUUUCUCUGGGGGCUUGUACAUCACAGACAUGACAAAAUCCGACUUAAAUGCUUGUUUGAAAGUGUUUUAUACAUCUGCGAGGCAGGUUGACGGCUCGUAUUACAAGAAAACCACAAUGAAAAGUAUCCGAGCGGCAGUUGACAGAUUCUUGAGAAGUCCUCCAAACAACAAGCCUUUCUCCAUCAUUGGCGACCCUGCUUUUACCGAAGCAAAUUCCGUGUUGGAUGCACUCGUUAAAGAACUCAGGAAAGCAGGCAAAAUCGCUGGUUUGGUCCACAAAAAGCCAAUAACACAAGAGCAAAUUAAGAUGCUGUUUCACAAUGGCGAAUUAGGUCCCGCCGAUAGUAAUGACCCAGCACAGUUGCUUCGUACCGUUUGGUUUUAUCUCGGGAUUUAUUUGGGACGUCGAGGAAGGGAAAAGCAAAGACAACUUAAGCCCAACAUGCUGGUUUUAAGAGCAACAGCCGCUGAUAAAACGUAUUUUGAACUCAACCGGGAAGUAGCAGGUUCAAUUCCCUCGACCAAAAAUCACCAAGGCGGUUUAGACGACAAUGAAGACGAGUCAGAUGGAAAGAUUUUUACCCAGCCAGAUUCAAAGUUCUGCCCUGUUGCCACGAUCCAAAAUUACUUAAAGCAUCUAAAUCCCCAGUGUCAUGCUCUUUUCCAACGGCCGAAAAGCUGCAAAUCUGGCGAAGUUUGGUAUUGCAACUGUCCAGUUGGCGAGUCUACUUUGGGAAACAUGAUGCGUAGCAUGAGUUUACGAGCAGGUAUUACACCACCGUUGACCAACCAUUGCAUACGAGCUACAUCUGUAAUAGCACUGUCUGAUGCUCACAUCGAAACUCGCUUUAUAAAAUCUGUCACUGGCCAUAAAUCCGAUCAGUCAAUCGAAUCAUACAACAGCCGUCCUUCGAUAAACCAACAAGAACGAAUGUCAACAACGUUGAGUCAGUACCUCCAACCAGAAACGGUAGCAGCCCCGUCCUCAUCGCUCCAAAGCCAACGCAAAACAGCAGUUCCAAAAGAUCUUCAUCUUGAAUCGUCGGUUGAAAUGAGAUCAGACAACGACAGCCAUACAAUAACAGUCAACAAGCAAAGCACGCACAUGACAAGUGGCUCUACGUUCAAUUUCCACAGUUGCAACGUUCAGAUCUACAAUUGACUGUUCUUAUUAAACCGUA